GUAGUGUGUUUAUCUAGGUACAAUGGAAUUCUGGUAGGAUGAGUUACAAGCUUGGGUGAGAUGUUGCCUUGCCGACGGACAGCGACGUAGGAAGCAGCUGAAAAUGCAACCGGACAGCUCUGUCGUCUUAUUUGAAGAGUUGCAGCUUUAUGGUGCAAGCAGCGGCGAGCGAGCUCUAGCUGUCUCUUCGGUGCACAAGCGGCAAGCAGCAGACUCGAGCGAUCGGGGUGGACUGCUCGUCUCGCCCGAUGGCUCGGCAGUUGCUAUUCUCGAUGCCACAGCGACUUCCUUGACACUUCUGCAUUUCAGUGAUCAGCUUUCCCCAGCAGACGUCAAUUCACCGCGGAAGCGUCAGGAUCUUACUCCAUGCACUGCUGUCCGCACCUUCCAGCCUACGAGGAUAGACAAAUGCAAUCUUUCACUACCAGAUGCCAUUUGUGCUGUCUGCUGGUCGGAAGAUGGCAUCCGUCUGGCGCUUGCUUGUCUAUCGGGACAUGUUUACAUUUUGGACAGGUCCGGGAAGCCACUUGCCAUGCUUCCUCCCACCGGUACACCCUGGGCCGGCAAGCGGCCAGGCGCAGUGGCGCUGCCGUCACCCUCGCUGUUGCUGCUGCUAACCGCGAGACCGCCGCUGAUCUUUGCCGUACCCCUGGGACCUAGCGGCGGAGCCCCCGCAGCACCCAGCGGCAGCCGCCCCGGGCCUCCUGCAGCAGCACCCUCAUCAGCUGUGGUGCUGCCGCCUCCUCGUGUCCUCGCCGCCCUGCGACCUCAGCCCCUGGGUAAGGCACACGGCGUCGUACGAACAGCCGUGUACGAUGCUCGUACAGCGCUCCUCGUCGUGGCGGGUGAGGGCGGGUGCUGCGGCCGUGGUGGCGCUGCUGGCGCUGGCGGCAGUAGCCAGCGCGGUAGCGGCGGUACGGCAGCUGCUGCUGACGUCAGCGUGAGUGCAUGGCGGCUGGAGGUAUCCGCUGGCGGCAGCGCCGUCAAGGCAGCCAUGCUGGGCGCCUACGUAGGGCCCGUUGCCUCCGCUGCCUCCGCUAGCCCUAGCGCUAGUCCUGCCUGGCCCAGGAGGCGUUGGAUGCUGUCGUUGUCGCCACUGGGAGAGCACGUGGCCCUCCACGCGGUGCCAAAGCCAGCCGGCAGCAAAGCGGGUGGUGGAGGAGGUGGCGGCGGGGGGGUGCUGGUGUUGUCGCUGCCGCAGUGCCUGCCGGUGGACCCUGCGGCUCAGUUCGCGGGGCGGUCGGCCGGUCCGCCGCUGCCUCCGGCGACGUCUGGAGCGCCCAAGGCCUCCCUAGCGGGCUCCGCGGUGGCCGCUGCCAGCGUGGCUUGGUGGUCCGAUGAAACCCGGUUGGCGCUGAGCGACGUGUACGGCAGGGUAGGGCUGGCGAGUCUGCCCGGGUACGACAGCUUGCUGUCGCCAUGGGACGAGCAACCCAAGUUCACGCCGGGUACCCUGAUCGCCACAAAGACCAAUGGCCCCGGGCCCCGAGGCAUUCUAGUGCUGGAACCAACCCCAACCACCUCACCAACCACCACCACACCAAACCUGCCGCAGCAACAGCGGCAGCAGCAGCUACCAUCCAAAUCCUCUCUCCUAGCCUCUUCUCCUGCUCCUCCUCCUGCUCCCGGCAUGCGACUGGUAUUUCUAGCGGAGCGGACCCC